UCGCGGCCUUCAGUCCAACCCGAGAGCCGCGAACGCCGACACGCUUGCGACGCCCACUCUCGCAUCGCACCGCCGACGCUCAACACGCGAUAGUGCUCGCUUGUGAACGAGUUGCGCGCCCUUUCUCUCACGCAGUGUGAUCGUGCUUCGGUACGUGAAUGCAAAACCGGACUACUCUCUUGACACGAGAAUCCGACGAGGAAUCCGCAGCGAUCAGGACCUCUGAUUUUUUUUUACAGCUGCCGAGGGCUGGCCUGCCACUCGCCCGGACCCCGCCUCCCGCUCGCGGGGCUGCGCAACCACUACAAACAUAGGCAACAGUAGAUAACACGGUAUGACUGCGACGCACGGUGGCGGACGUGAAGACGACCGUCCAGACAAGGAUUCUGUGUACACGAUUAAAACCGGAUUUAAAAACGAUGGCUACCAACACGAUCGCGACUCCAACGACGACAUUGUCAAACCCCCGCCAUUGCCCACCGAAGAGGAUCCAUAUCCAGCGGGAAAAGUUAAAUUGUCAAGAAACGAGAAGUGGAGAAUAUUGAAAAAUGUGGCGGCUGUGAGCGCCGCAUUCAUGGUGCAGUUCACAGCGUUCCAGGGAACCGCAAACCUGCAAUCAUCAAUCAAUGCCGCCGACGGACUCGGCACUGUCUCACUCAGUUCCAUUUACGCGGCUCUCGUCGUAUCUUGUAUAUUUGUGCCCACAUUCCUGAUCAAGAGACUAACGGUCAAAUGGACGCUGUGCCUGUCUAUGAUGUGCUAUGCGCCGUAUAUCGGCGCUCAAUUUUACCCGGCGUUCUACACGUUAGUGCCGGCCGGCGUGAUAGUAGGCCUCGGGGCAGCGCCUAUGUGGACGUCCAAAGCGACGUACUUAACUCAAGCUGGUAGCGUGUAUGCGAAGCUGACUGACCAAGCUGUUGACGGCAUCAUUGUGCGGUUCUUCGGCUUCUUCUUCCUGGCUUGGCAGACUGCUGAACUUUGGGGAAAUCUGAUCUCAAGCUUAGUAUUUUCGUCGGGAGUGCAUAACGGUAAUGUGACAGCGGAGAACACGAGUAAGACCCUACUGACAUGCGGAGCCAACUUCUGUAUGAUUGGUGGAACACAUCAUGACAACCAGAACCUGCACCGGCCACCAGACAGCGAGAUCUACGAGAUCAGCGCCAUCUAUCUCGCUUGCGUCGUAGUUGCAGUGCUCAUGGUAGCUCUCCUGGUCGACCCACUCUCCAGGUAUGGUGAGAAACAGAGGAAAUCUGAUCCGUCGAAGGAGCUGACGGGAAUCCAGCUGCUGUCGGCCACCGCCUACCAGCUGAAGAAGCCCAACCAGCAGCUACUCAUCCCCAUCACGCUGUGGAUAGGAAUGGAGCAAGCCUUCAUUGGAGCUGAUUAUACACAGGCAUACGUCUCAUGCGCCCUCGGAAUCCGUUCGAUUGGCUACGUGAUGAUCUGUUUCGGUGUGGUCAACGCAUUGUGCUCGCUACUGUUCGGGUCAGCUAUGAAGUACAUCGGCAGAUUCCCGAUCCUCAUCAUGGGGGCAGCCCUACAUUUGGGCCUGAUAGUGUGGCUGCUCAUUUGGAGACCGAACCCUGAUUCGCCGACCACUUUCUUCGCGAUUUCCGGACUGUGGGGUGUGGGCGACGCCGUGUGGCAGACUCAAAUUAACGGGCUUUACGGCGUGCUGUUCCGACGCAAUAAGGAGGCGGCAUUCUCCAACUACCGGCUGUGGGAGAGCGCCGGGUUUGUCGUCGCGUACGCAUACUCUACGCAUCUGUGCGCCAAGAUGAAGUUGUACGUCAUGAUGAUCGUACUCUUGAUCGGCGUGGCCGGCUAUAUCGUCGUCGAAAUAUUGUACAAGAGAAAGGCACGCCGGCUCAAAGCCAUCGCGGAAGACCCCGCCGGGCCUGAAGCUGCCGAAGCCGCCAAGCAGCCGCCUGAAGAGGACGACGAGAAAGAUGAAAUCGACGACGAGAUUGUCAUCACGCAUCUUUAAAUCUCUUACCAUGGGUUCCUGGGAGCUUUGGAGUUUAGGUCUCCCGAAGCCAAUACAGCGACAAGAUUCUCGAGCGAGCGCUGGGUUGCCCACCAUAUUAUUAUGCCAUACAUCCACUUACUAGGUACAAAUAACCGAGCUGAAGCUUUGAAUAUACACUCGAAUUUAUUUAGAACUAUUUAUGUGCCCAAUAGUUAAGUCAAAUUAGAUUUGAAGCGAAAUUGAAAGACAACAAGUACAAGCGCCGACGGUUGCUGAAACUUUCUUUCGCUUAUUCGAAAACCAUAAUGAGCGAAUCCCAGAGAAAUGUCGUCAGAUAUAAACAUUUCUCAAUGUAUUAAAGAUUUAGAUCUUAGGUAGGCUAGAGGCAAAAGACGAGCAAAUAUUAGCAACUUUAAUUCCUUCGGCAUUUCUAAAACUUAAGUAUUUCAAUGUGACAAUCUGCUGUAUUUUUUUAUGUUAUUAACGAAGAUUAUUACUACGCUGUAAAAAUCGGAACAUUCGGAACAAACAAAAAUUUGAUAUCGUUUUAUACCUUGAUGUCAGUUAAAAAAUGUAGACCCCAGCAAGAGACAAAGCCUGGGGCGCGUCCCGCGAUAGUAAGUGGCAGGCCCGCGUCGCCGCCGCGCUUCAGUGUUUGCCGACCUUGUUACACGUCAUAAGCUAUGUCUACAUGACAGUGGAUAUAAUAAAAACACUUGUGUUUAUUGUUCUUUAUCCAUAAUUGCACGCUUUGUUCUGUUUCUGGUACACUUUAAUAAUCAUCGAUUUUUUCAUUUAUUUUUGAAAAUCCUUCAUAACAAACAUCAAAACAGUAGGUAAGUAGUUGUUAACAGUUGUAGACCCCAGCAAAGUUGAGUAUUAGAUAGAGUACUGUUUUAAAGCUCAAACCGCACAUGCAGGGCGCGCCGCAGCGCAGGAUAAGUACCUAUUAUUCAUCUUACUAAGUAUUUUGAAGCGAAUGAUUUUCCCGGCCGUGCGCCUCGACGCGCAAGUUCGGUUUCAGAAGGCACGACCCGAUUGGGAAAAUUGAUUCACUGUUUGUGAUGGGUGUGAAAAAUAUCUGCCGAAUUUUAUGUGAAUGCUACCAAUACCCUAAUAUCAAUAAUAUCACCCUACCCUACUCGUAUAGUUACUAGAAUGCAACAACUGCACUAUCUUUAGUAAAAUUGUGUAAAAGUAUUAUUGUUACUAAAAUUAUGAGUUUAUAUAAAAAAUAAACUAUUUAUUUAUGUAAAAGUAAACUGUUGUCAUAAUAAAUUAAUACGAUUGUAGUAGGUAUUUGAGUUCUCAUGAAAGAUCAGAUAUUUAAGACUGCUGAAAAAAGUCAACAUUGGAAUUUAUCUCAAGGAAAACGUGUAGAAGUCCUUACUUGCAUAAAAAUAAGAUAUCGGCAAAUUGUAUUUAAAUGUAAAAACAAUUAACUAUAAUGAAUUUAUGAAUGACGUAAAUAAAAAUUGAGAUUAAAAUUGUUCUUUGUCGAUAUCUGGAUUAGAACUACUAUUAGAUAAGUACAUGAAAAUAUAUGGAAAGUAGGUAUCCUUGAAACUAUGCGCUCUUGUUCAUUCUAUACUUGCAAAUCGUAUACGUAUACAUUUGUUGAUAUAUUGUAUGAAUAAACAAUCGAUUUUUAGUGAAAUCAUAUAUAUAUCGUUUAUAUGUUUAGACAAUACAUUUUAUAAAUAUAAUCUCAAACCAAAAUAUAAAGGAUACCAGGCAGACUCCAGAUUCUUAAUUUGUUCUACAAACCUAAGCUGCGCUGUAUGACGCAUAAUAUGUACAAUGUUGUGCCAUUAACUUUAAGAUUACCUUCAUUUUAAUUUGUACUUUUACCCUGUACACAAAGUAUUGUUUUCAAGCGGCUUUCUAUGGCAUUUUGUAUCUAUAAAAUGUAUUUUUUGAGCAUAUCAUAUUAGGUAAAAUUGUAUAAAAUAUGAUUUGUUAUCAGUUAGUGUAACAUUUAAUAUUAUGAGUUAUGACUAUAUAAUCACAUUAGGUUAAUUCGUAAUGUAUUCCUAGAUCAAAUAAAUUAAUGUUAUUGAAACAAGCUUAUAAAUAUUUAGUUAAGUAGGUACAUAAGUGAUGGAUGAUUAUAUAUAAUAAUGUUCACAAUUGUAUUAAUUCGUUUAUAAAAAAAAAGAGAAAAUCAUUCAGGUUAGCUAAUUGUGGAGAAUUAAAUCUAAAAGUGAAGGUAUAUAUUAUUAUCGUAUUUUAUUAAACAUACUGUAGACUUGUGUAGCAUUUUUUUACAAAGGUUGUCAAAACUUACUGUUCCAAGACUAUCUGUAAGUAUUGGAAGGAAAUGCUAAUCUUUUUAUAAUAAUUUACAAUUUUUACAUGAGUCGACCGAUUUUAUAAAAAUAAAUACAUACUUAUACCUAUUCCUGCGCCCAGAAAGAACUCUUUCGAACGAAGUAAUUUAUUUCUGCUUUUCUUAUAACAAACGUAAACCCUGGUACAGCUAUAUACUUGUAAGUACGUAAACCGUUUAGAAAUAAGAGAGCAAAAAUAUUUGGCAGUAGGUAGGUAGCUAUAUUACAUCAGGUAUUGUUUGAAAUGAACUACUACAGAAAAAGUAACAAGAUAAAAAAUCCAGUUACGUUUAAGUACUUAUAAUAAUUUUUGGACUCCAAUAAGCGAAAUAGGAAAACGAACUUUACUAUACGUAAAUCAGUCAUAAGAUGUAAAAGGCCUUUUUUAAAAUGUUUAUUCGUAAUGAAGCAAUAAUAAAAUAGAAUUUGUUACCUUUUGUGUAAAGUUCAGCAUGCAAACAAUUAAACUAGCCUACCUACUUAGUUGUAAUUUAAGUACUGUUACCCUGCGUGUUGCCUUUCAAUAAGGACUUUGACUUAUAUUGUAAAUUAAAACGAAGCAAAAUAAGACCUUCCUAAUAAUUAGGUAUAUUUUUUCACAAAUACCUAAUUUUAGCAGACAAAUAAAUAGGUACCUAUUUUAUUUAAUACCUUUCUACCUUCACUUGUUGGUUGAAUAUAAUAUAAAAUAGAUUUAGUUGAAUAGAAAAGACAACGUUCCAUACACACAUCCUUUACUACUUACCUACACCUUCGAAUAAUCCUGCAAUAAUUUUUAUGUAGGUACACAAACUUAUUAGGUACUUUGAGACUUCUAUGUGAAAAAUAACUUAAGUGGGACAGUAGUGGCAACUCUAAUGUAGGUACUUAGGUAGGUAUCUUUUUUAUCAGGUUCGCAUUUGAACAUAAUCUCAACAGUUGAAAAUGACUGUGAGGGACACGGUUACGAGUAAAUGCCUAAAUAAAAUUUUAGAGUUAAUACGCAUGGGGAAAGUGGCGGAGCUAAAGGAAGGUUAAAAUGGCCACAUUGAAUCAAUUCAUCUAAGAAAGCAAUAAAAGUAAGUGCGCAAUGCAAACAAAUGUCAAAUAGCAAUAUUGUUUUCAUAGAUGAAUUGCUUCGACGUGGCCAUUUUAACCCUCAAGUACUAAAUACCCACAGAACUGGAAAUCUCGAAGCAUCUUGCCAGUUGCUGUAAAAUGGCACUCGCAUAAUGCGCUACCUAUCAGCGUUUUUCAGUUUUUAUUUUAACCUUGAUAUUGCUUUCAAACAAACACAACUCAAUUCCAGUUUUUAAAAGUAUUAAUAAGCCAGUAAUUGUAAACAAAACCUUUUUGGUCUUUGAAAAAUAUUUUCAUGUAUAAACAGUAUUAAUACUUAAAAAAUUUUUUUGAGUAUUUACCAAAGGAAAAGUAGAAAAGUAGUGUUGUUUCCGGUAGCUAUUCAAUUACUUAUAGCAAUUCUAACAUUUUACAUUUUUUUUAAUAAUAUUGGCACUUCUCUAUAUUAAUAAACUCAGCAGGACGAAGAUUCCUUAGUGCAAACAAACUAAAUAGGUACACGAGGUAUGUACCAGCUGUAGGGUAACGAAACCACGUGAUAAUUGACAGUAGAAAUAAUAAUAUAAGCAUUAUAUUAAUGUAAAUGAAAAAUUAAAUAGAUUAUUAAAAUAAGGUUAUUAUUAUAUUAUAUAAAUACGAUUGCUCUAUUUUUGAGAUAAGAUAACACUUAUAUUGUUUGAAUAAUUAAUAAAAAUAUAAUUAUAUUAAUGAUGUCAUAUGAGUUUGUGAUGAAAAUAAACGUAGAAAUUGUUUCGUCUA